AACCAAACUCGUGCGCGACCACCAGGGGCACCGCCAGCGACGGGACGACAUGGCUCACACACAGCCUGGCCCCGUCAUGGUGCAAGAAGCGGCACAGGCACAAGCACAGGACCCCGCGCCCCCGGUCGACGAGGCGAGCGGCCCCGCGCUGAGCGCCUACUCGAAGCCCGCCGCCGAGAACGGCAACAGCAACGGCACCGGUGCACCUGCCCCCCACGCCAGAGACGAAGACGACGAUGAAAGCGACGUCGAUGCCUGGGACAUCCUGCUGGAGCAGGCCGAGGAGAGCGAGCCUAUUGCCGCGGGCCAAGAUGAAUGCACAAUCGAUGAGGGUCGCCAGAUCCGCCAGCGACUGCACAAGGUCGGCGCAGACCAAUUCGUCCGGGAAUACAUCACGAGCGAGCGGUACACGGCGCGAAAGCUGCUGUCAGCGUUCAACGUGCGGCUGCCACAUGGCUUCCUGGACGAUGAGCCGGACGAAGCAUUCUACGAGCUGCUUGGCCGGGCUAUCAUGCGAGAGCUCACCAAGCGGUCGCGUCUGCCUCAAUACAAGACCAUUGACGACGCCGCCAAGCUGCUGCAAGAGCGCAAGAACAUCAUAGUCAUUACAGGUGCAGGCAUAUCCACGAGCCUCGGCAUCCCUGAUUUCCGCUCAAAGAACACCGGUUUCUACUCCGAAUUGAGCCAGAUGGGCUACGAUGAUCCCGAGGAUGUCUUCAACAUUGACAACUUCGAUGCCGACCCAACAGUCUUUUAUAAGCUCGCUGGGCGGAUCGUACCAGACCUGAAGAAGUGGUCUCCUACGCAUCAAUUCAUUCGGCUGUUGCAGGACAAGGAGAAGCUCCUUACCAACUACACCCAGAACAUUGACAAUGUGGAGUCGCAGGCUGGGCUUCGACAAGAGAAGCUGAUACAGUGUCAUGGGUCUUGGGCAAUGGCCACGUGUCGAAAGUGCGGGUACAAGGUUCCCGGGGAAGACAUCUUCGAUGCAGUGCGAGCACGGACGCCCGCUCAAUGUAAGCACUGCAUCGAGAACAUCGCCGCACUGAAGGCUGGCAAGAAGCGAAAGCGCAGCUCAAAUGGUUCUAAGAAACGUCGUGGACCAGGCGGCUUUGACGAUUCAGAUUCAGACGGAGCAUACGAUAUCCCGGAGCCCGGCAUAAUGAAGCCUGACAUUACCUUCUUUGGCGAACAACUUCCCAACAACUUCUUCGAUCGUUUGAGGGAGCACGACAGGGAGAAAGCGGAUUUGGUGAUCGUGAUUGGUACCAGCAUGAAGGUUCAGCCGGUUUGCGAGAUCCCCAAUUUCCUACCCCGCGAUGUACCCCAGAUCUACAUUUCACGAGAUCCAAUUCACCACAUCAACUUUGACAUCAACCUGCUCGGCGACUGCGAUGUUGUCGUUGCAGAGCUUGCUCGCCGAGCGGGUUGGGAUCUGAAACAUACGAUGAUACCCCAGGAGCAGCGCGUUGAAGUGUCGAUUAUUGACGAGGUUGACCAUACAUACAAAGUCAAGCAGAGUGCAUAGUCUGUGCAGAAAUGUUGCUUGAAUUGAGCGGUCCGCUCGCUGGAUUUGGCCAGAGAUACCACGGCGUUUUGGGGGGACGGCAUUGCUGGAGCACUUCUUCAACAAAUGGAGUUUCUUUUUCGACAGGUGAUUUGGCACCUCUGGGAUGUUGCGGCGUUUAAUGUGCUAUGCGUGUCAGAUUGGCCAAGGACGAAGGCACGGUGCAUUCUGUACAUGACGAUGGAGCGACAUGUUUGGUAUUUGAUAUAUGCUCUGACGGCCCGACUGCACACUGGCAUCGGCUACAUAGAUUUACUUCCUGUGCAUCGCCCUGGGCGAGCACCAAUAUUUGCAUGCG